AAUUACUCAACUCAAUUUUUUUUGAUUCAACUUAAUAUGUAACCCUAAAGAUUGCAUAUAUCAUUUUCCUUUUACGAAGGGUCGUUUAUAUUUUGCCAUAUAUUUGCUCAUGAAAAUAAAUGCUCUGAAUUCGGUAAAACUAUUUUUCCAUACCCUAUCAUCGUAUUCGGGUCUAUAUCCAUUUUCGUGCAACCUAAACCUAAACGCAACACAUGUCUCCCUCUCGUAACAUUUGCCAUCGUCAUUUCCCAUUGACCUAGAAAGGACCAAUUCAUCCACCCACACACUCAAAAUUAGCAACACAAACUCCUCUUUCUUCUUCCUCCUUCCUCUCGUCAUCUUCUCUUCUCACAACCCCACCAAAAAUCACCAUGAACAGACCAAGAGAAGCUUCAGAAACACCCCAACAAGAACAAGAAGAAGAUGCAAAUUUAUCUCCUUCCCAACUUCUUCAACUCGCUGAAACCCAUCUUCGUCUUCGCAAUUUCUCACUUUGUCGUCAAUAUGCUCUUGAAUCGCAUCAACCCCAUGACCCUAAUUCUGUCUCCAAUCAUCGUCAUGCUUCUCAACUUCUUGCUAUCUCAAAUACCCUUUCUUCUCCAACUAAUUUCUACCCAAUCCUUCAAAUUGAUACUUUCUGCAACGAUUUUACCCUAAUUCGUUCUCAAUUUAAGCGCCUUCUCUCAAUUCUCGACCCCAUUGAAGAGAAAUCCCCAUUAGCAAAAGAAGCAGUUAAUUUGAUUUGGAAAGCUUAUGAAUGUCUCUGUGACCCCGCCAAAAAAACCCAGUUUGACUCCAAGCUUAUUGGUCAAAGGAGAGAGAGUGAACUUGAGGAUGGUGGUGAUGAAGAGAUGGGUGAUAAUUUCUGGACUUUUUGCCCUUACUGUUUUUAUAUGUUUCAGUAUGAUAGGGUUUAUGAAGGGUGUUGUUUAAGGUGUCAAAAUCAGAGUUGUAGAAGGGCUUUUCAUGCAGUUGCUUUGAAUUCUCUUCCUAAAAUGGAAUUGGAUAAAGGGCAGUAUUUUAGUUGUUUUGGGUAUUUUCCUCUAGGGUUUUCUCCUGAAAAUGGGGUUGGGAAAUUUGAUUCAUGGUCUCCUAUUGUGGGGUUGUUUCCUGUGAGAAAAAUUGGGAAGACUCGAGCUGGUAAAAUGGAUUUUGUUGUUGAUGAUAAUGGCAAUCCUAAGGUUGAUGUUGGUGUUGAUUUUACUAACUUCAUCGAGAUUGCCGAUGAGAGUGAUGAGUCUGAGAAUGAUCAUGGGGUGAAGGGGGAGAAUUUUGGGAGCAAUGUGGAGGGAAUGAAUGUGGGGAAUGGCCGGGCAAUGAAGCGGAAGUCGGUGGCACGGAAUGCUAGGAAGUUGAUGGGGAAGAGGAGAAGGAGCAAUGAGGGUGUUGCUGCUAAUGGUACUGGGGGUUAUGAGGAUGAAGGUGUAGGUGAGGGUUCUGUUUUCGAGGGUGAUUAUGGUGGUGAUGUUGGGGUUGGGAGUGGUUUCGAACAGGAUGACAUGGCGUUCUUCGAGGAGAAUGGUGAGAUUUUUGUUGAAUUUGGGCCUGAUAGUGUACUUUGAUGGAUAGAGGAAGUGGAACAAGGUGCAAUGCAGGUCAGUCGGUAUGCUUCGGCGUUGGAAAUAGCUAAUGUAGAUAUGUUCUAAUAUUGUAGUGCAUGGUUUAGUAAAUGACAGUCAAGAAAUUUUUUGGGUGAAAUGGCUGUCUUGUAGAUGGCAGGAGCUUAACUUUUGUUUUUAGAUUAAUUUAGCCACUUUCAAAAAAAGAAGAAUAUGAAAUUAGCCAAGUUUUCGUGUAGUCGGUUGCCCUUUUUUUGGGAUAAAGUAAUGCAAAUUUAUAUUUAGA